CGAGACUUUGCUCUGUGCAGUCGCGCGGUGCGCCUCCAGUUACAGAUACUUCCGAUCGCAGCUCGUAGAUACUUUUGUGCCGCGCUGAUCGUCGCUGAAGAGCAUUGAAUGGUGUGCGUGUGUGUGUGCGUGUGUCAAGUAUUUAAGUGCUAAUUGACAACAACUGCCUUUGAUUCAUUCGAGAGCUAUGCAAAGUGCCUGAUUACGGUUUACCCACAAGUGCAAUAAUAUUAAGAUAACAUAAUAAUAGCCAUAUAAAUUACAAAUACAACAAGACAAUGGCAACUUCCACGCUGAGUGCGACAUCGAAUACGUCGAGUCCGGCUGCGAUCAAGAAUCCGCAACUGAAACGCGUCGUCUACUCCAAGUAUCGGGAGCUGUUGGGCUCGUAUAAUGAUAAGGCCAAUGCCAUAAUCGAGACGCUGCCCGCCUAUAUGGUGCGCGAGGAUCGUGGAUUUCAGCUGGAGCUGCCGCUGGCUCCGCUGCAGCAGAAUGGCCAAGACAAAGAAUGCCUGGUGGACACGUAUGGACAACGCGGCGGAGGCGCUGGAGGAGGCGGCGGCUAUGAGGCACCCGCCUGUGUGCAAAACGCCAUGAUGACGAAAGACAAAAAGCCCUUCACCUACACGCCCGGCGGCAUCGAUCUCUCCCAGAUCCGAUCGGAGCGCAUGGCCAAGCGCUUGGCGCGCAACGCCCAAAACGAGGGCGCCACGGGCGCCUCCCAACAGAACAGACCAUCGCCGCAGUCUUCGCCGGGCGUCACUCCUGGCAGCGCGGCCAGCACGAUGGGCGCCGCUGCAAUGGGCAUGCCGUUCCAGGUGCUGCCACCGCCGCCGCCGCCGCAACCGCAGGCGCAAUCACAGACGGGUAAGAACGGUAACCAUGCUGCACCCCCACCGCCACCCCCACAACAAAGCACACUAGCACCACCAGCGGGCCGGGGCAGUGCGCCCGGUUCGCCGGCAGCGGCACGCAAAUCGCCAACACCGCAGCGUUUCGAGCCGCCGCCGUUGGGCUUCCGGCCCGAGAUCAAGAUACCGCCCAAUCCGAUGGCGGCGCUGCGCAAAGUGCCGCCUCCUGUGGAGAAGAACUUCUUCUGGAAGGAUGAGUAUUGCAAGGAGCGCUCCAAGAGCCCGCUGCCGGAGCCAGCUCAGAACGGCAAUGGCGACUACAACAGCAGCAACAGCAAUAACAACAACAACAACAGCAACAGCCAAGAUGCCGUAGAUGCCUACAAGCCAGCUGGCAACAGCUACAGCAAUGGUAACUACAACAACAACAACAGCAUUGGCAACAGCAACAGCAACAGUUACAGUCCCUAUGCACCAUCAACACAGCAGCAGCAGCAGCAGCAACCUUCACCCAAAACACCGCCACUGCAGCAACAGUUGCAGCAGCCGACGCCACCGGCAACACCGCCGCAGCAGCAACGUCAGGAGUUCCGCAGUGUGCCCAUGCCGCAAUCGCCAGCUGUAAAUGUCUACACGCGGCAAACAGAGAGUCCGCGCUCGCCCUUCGAGCAGCAGCAACAGCAGCAGAUGCAACAGCAACAGCAGCGUGCCACGGAGAGUCCCUUCCGCUUUGCACAGCAGCAACAGCAGCAGCAGCAGCAGCCUCGUUCACCCACGGCCAUUUCUCCACUGGCACAGCAGCAGCAGCAGCAGUCACGUCCAUCGCCAGCCAUCUCGCCGCUGGCUCAGCCACAACAGCACCAGCAGCAGCAGCAGCAGCAGCAGCAGCAGUCUGCCCAAACUGUGCCUUGGCGUACGCAACGCGCCCAGUCCGCUGCACCACAACAACAACAACAACAACAGCAGCAGCAACAACAACAACCACAACAGCAACAGCAACAGCAGCCAACGCAUUCACAGCCCAUUUACAACAAUGUGCAAAGAUCUCGCGAUGUUUUCAGUCCGGCCAGAGUCGAGCCAGCAACAGCAACAUCUUUCAAUGCACAUCAGCAACAGCAACAACAAUCGCCCUAUCAAGGUGUUAAGCCGACUAACGUUGGCUCACUUUACAUUGCUCCGCUGGCGCAGCCCACAGAGCCGCAGGCCCAGCGUCUCUUGCUGCAGCAGCAACAGUUGUCGGGAGCUCGUGACUCGCCCAUGCGACAAUUACCGCAGCAGCAACAGCAACAACAGCAGCAGCAAUCAUCACAGCAACAGGUGGGCGGUCAGCCCCUGCGCUGGCUUAGCUCACAGCCCACGGCCAAGGAGCAGGCGCCCUGGGCACGUCCCGAAGAGAAUGGCAAUGUGAUGCCCUCGUCGCUGCGACAGACAGCCUCUCCGUCGGCGCCAACGCAAGCGCAGCCCACAAGCACGUUCUAUCAGGCCCAGAUGCCGAGUCAGAUGCAGAUGCAGGGCAACGGCUAUGAGAGAGCUUCGUCUCCCGGUCCGGCUGCUCAGCAGAACUUUGGGUCAACAGCUCAGCAGAGUGGAUUGCGAUUGCAGAUCAACAACAGCAAUGCGAGCCAGAGUGGCCCAAGGGAGCGCAUCAUACCCAUUACAUUGGAACAAACCCCAACAUAUGCCGCGGCUCAGCCCAACUUCGGUGGUUACAACAACUAUCCAGCCUCAGGAGUGUCGCCCAGUCCCCAGCAGCAGCAACAUCACUUUGUUGCCUCGAAUCACAGCAACAACAGCAACAGUAACAGCAACAACAACAAUUCAACACGGAUCAUACCCAUCGCCAUUGAGGGAGGUCGCGGAGGUCCCGUGUCCCAGUCACCCGUCGUGCUGCAAAACGAUCCACGCUCACCGCCCAUACAAUCGAAAUCGUUUAGAAUAUUGCAAAAGAUAACCGAUACGGUGGACGACGGUGGCACCCUCGAGUCCCGGCCCGUGCAACAGCCCCAAGCGGACGUGGAGGCGCCGCAGCUGCAGCGGCCGCAGUUCGCUCGCCAGAUGAGCGCCCAGCAGGCGCGCAAUAGUCCGACCAUUGAGCAAAUGAGGCGACUGCAAAUCGCACAGGAUCAGCAGUCGGGCACACCACAAGCCUGGUCCCCGCAAGGUAACGGCGCAACCACUCAGAACCGCUUUACACCACAGCGUUCUCCAUACGAUACACCCCAACAGCAAUACGUGCCACCCAGUGAGCAACAGGUACCGGAACCGAAAAAAUAUACCGGAAGCGCAAUACCAAGUCGAUCAUUUAAGAUUCUACAGGCAAUGACAACACCAGAGAAUGCCGAACAUAAAAUUCACACCGAGCUGGACUCGGAUUUGGAAAAUAUUGAAUUGAACGAAGCCAAUAAUAAUAAUAAUAAUAAUAAUAAUGAUAAUAAUAAUAAUAAUCAUAAUAUUAUUAAUCACAAUAAUGAGAAUAAUGAUAACACCAGUAAAAGUAACCAUAAUCGAGAAAUUAACAAUAAUAUCAAUAAACGUCAUAGUUACACAUCAACCACACCCACUCCACCGCCCACCACAGACACAAAUACAAGCACUUCUCAUGGCUCAUAUUCAUCCAACACAUCCCUUAGCUCAGACAGCUCUUAUCCGGCAUCUAAGCAGCCGGAGCGCUCCCAAUCGGUGCCUCCCCAAUAUCCCUAUGCUUAUGGUUAUCCCUUCCCCUGGUAUAUGGCACCCCCUCCCCCUCCUCAUCCAGCAGCAGGGCAAGUCAAUGGGGAUCAGCCUCAAGUCCUAAACUGGCCCUAUGCCUAUCCCUAUGCCCCGCCACCCAUGCCCCCAUCCGCAGAUGGCAAACAGCCAGACAUGAAUCAGGCCUAUCCCUAUUACUAUCCCUACUAUCUACCCCCGCCGCCAGUCUAUGGCCAGCCAGGCAUGCCCGGUGAUGCGCAGUUUCCCCAGUUCGUACCGCCCUAUGGCCCCUAUCCCUAUCCGGUAGCGCCUAGCUUUAGCCAAAGCUCAACUGAAAGCCGUGCCAGCAGUGUAUUGCCCGAUAUUAUUAUAACCCCCAGCACUGAUGAUACGCCCUCGAAGGUCAUAAUGCAGCACCACAUCAAGGUGGAGCCCCGUGAGCCUUCCAAGCGCGCGCACUCUGUCGAAAUUGAGGAGCUGGUAAGCCGGCCGAAGGCUCGCAACAUCUGCAGCAACAACGAGCAGGUCAUCGAUAUGCUCACCCAGCGACUGGCCAACAUCAAUAAAAUUGCCGGAGGCAAUACCCAAGCCAAUCUGUCGAAGCAGGUCCAGAAGGACUACGCGGGCGAACAGCUCAAGGAGUUGGGCGCAUGCUCGCCUAGCGAGAAUGCCUCGCCGGUGCAGAUCACAGUCGGAGUGGACGAUGACGACAGUGAGACAGAGUCGGAGGAUAGCAGCGAUGAGGACGAGGAAGAUACGGACACACCCAAGCACGCGCCACUGCAGGCCAUCAAGUCGGUGACCAACAUACAGGUCUACAAGGGACUGGGUAAGGUGCUCGUCGAGCAGCUGGACUCCGAGAGUGAGGAUGAGGAUGUGACAACAGCCGAUGAAAUGGUUGACGAGGAGGAGCAGGUAGAGGAAGAAGAGUACGCCGUCGAGGAGGAUCUGAGCACCAUAUACGAGGAGGAGAGCGAGAUGGAACGCAGCAGCAACUAUGCCAGGACAGUAAUCAAUCGGAAUGGAUCAAGUGCAAGCAAUGCCACAAUAGGAGAUCCCCAAGUCGAGGAAGAUGAUGACUUGGAUCAGCAAAUCGAGGACAAUGACAAAAAUGAAGCGAAUGUCGAUGACGACGAUGAGGAAUCCAAUUCGGUGACUGUGCGCUUGCCACUGCGCUUCUCCUUCAGUCGCAGCUCGAAUGACGAAAAGAUAGCCACCCUCGAGGUGGGCAGCACCACACAGAUUGAGGAGCGGCGUCAGAGCUUGGAGGGAAAACGCAAUUCCUUUAGCAUUGCCAAGUUAGAGAGCGACAAUGAGGACGACAAUGACUGCGAAGUUAGCGUCACCAUCAGCUUGUCCAACUCGUCUCGCUCCAAUUCCAUCGACAAGUCGAUGGAGAACCAACUGAACGGUGACCCGGACAAAAUACUCUCAAGUAGUGGGAAGCUAAGCAAUGAAGAUGUGUCUACCUCCAUCUCGCUGGGCAUGCGCAAUAAGUUCUUGGCCGAAACCCAAAGCGGGGAACUAACAAAUAACAUUGCCAAAUUGGAGCCCGCAAAGAAAGUUGAAGAUAGCGUGGAGGCACCCAAGGAGGAAUUCGACUUCUUUGCCACGCUUCGGGCUACCAAAAUGCAAGCACAGAAAAUGAUGGAGCAAUCCAAGAACUACUGGAAGACGACAGAGGCAAAGCCUGGUGCAGCACAGGUGAAGGAAGCUCCGGAAGAGGCGACUGUGCAGCUACGGGUGAAGCAGAACAAUGAGCAAGUCCAACCAGCUAGACCCAAGUCAUGUGACCUAAGCAAGACUCAGGCCUCUUUGGAGGCGGCCAAGAACAGCUUUUGGUCAACAUUCGCCACUGCAGCCAAGGAGCCUGAACCGAUACGCGAGCCCGAGCAGACAGAAGAAGAGGUCGACUUCUGGGCAACUAUUGAGAAGAGUAAGGAGGACAGUCAAUGGGUGAAAAAACAAAAAACCGUUACGUAUACCCCACUACAAAGAGAGACGGUGACUAAAGUGGAGUAUUGGACGACUACCCUAAAAGCCAAAGUGGAUUACAUGCCCCAAUCGCAAUGCGCCGAGGUUCAUUUCGUGGUCGAAGAAUCGCCAGAGGUCAAAGAGUCGUCUGAGCCCGAGGAGGACUUUUGGGCAUCAGUAGACAAGGCGAAAUCCGAGAAUAGUAUGAAACAGUCCAACAUACAAUCGAAACAAACAGCAGAGACUCAGCCAGAAGCAGAGACUCAGUCAAUCGAAAAUACAGUAGAGCAAAUAACCCAAGAAGAAGGAGAAGGAGAAGAGGAAAUUGAUUUCUGGGCGAAUAUAAAAUCAGCCGAAGAUGUUAAUGAUCAACGAGUAAAUGAUUAUAAAUUUGAUCCUACAAAAUACCCCGAAGAACCACGUGAGGUCGAUACCGAUGAGGAAAUAGAUUUUUGGACAGAAAUCGAAGCAAAUCGUAAGUCAGAUGACGAUGAUGUUACUUUCCACAAAUCAGCCACGUUUUGGGCUCGCAAGGAGCGCCAAAACUCGGUGGAAGAAACGCCCUACAAACCAGUGGAAACCAAGGCCUUUCGGGCCAAGCUGCCCGACGAACCAGCCGUGGAAAUCGAUGUGUGGGCAACACUGGAGGGAGCUCGAGGGGAGGAGCCAGUGAUAAUCGAUCCAGCUGUCGAAGAGGAAAAAAUGUUGGCCACCCAAUACGACGAGCUUGAGCAUGAGAGCAAAACUGAGGAAGACUCGCCAAAACAAAUCGAGCAAACAACACAAGAAGCACCCGAAACCAAUCUCAAUAUGGUUGACACUAUGUCGCUGGCCUCAAUGCAUGAGCCAGCUACUGUCCAUACCUGGGCGCCCUAUUCGUACGGCAACGAAGAGCCAGAGAAUGAUGAGGAGCCUGACUUUUGGGCGGACAUCGAACAGGAACGUGAAAAGAUCGAUCAGCUGGAAGAGGCUGAGCAGAAGCGCCAGAACUAUCGCCAAGCUAUGGCCUUCUUCAGUACCUCCAUCGAUGAGCACAAAGUGCAACAGAAGGCGCAACCCAAUCGAAGCAGCGUCAUUCUGGAGUUGGAAGAACCUAACGAAGUUAACCUAGGUGCGCCCGGUGAAUACGAAAUCGUAGGCGAGGACGGUGUCGUCUUGGAGCAACAUAAGGUACAAAACACUCACGCCGAAGACGAGGAACGAGGUGCGACCACACCAACUAACCAACUGCCAGAGGUUUACGUUGAGCCAGAACCAGAACCUGAAUCUCAAACACAGCCCAAAACGGAGCCAGCAUAUAAAAGAAAAUUGCUACCUAAUGGCCUGCCAGAUCUUGGUGUGACGAAGGUCGAUGAGCCCAAAAUUUCAGUGCGCGAUCGCAUCAAUGUAUUUGAGGCAACGCCUUCCACUCCCACCUCCAACAAGCCUAUGACUAUUCAAUCGCUGUCUGUAGACAGUGGGCGUGGCAAGGGACAGCUGUCCCGGAAUAGCAGUACGCAGCGCUCUGAGUCCGAGAUCGAGGAGGAUGACUCGGGCGUGACGGACAUGAAUAGACAGCUCUCCGAGACGGACACCGAGUCCGAAAGCUUCCCUGAGCUGCGGAAAAUGACGAGCUAUCAGCGAGCCGCGACACAUUCCAGACUCUUUAAGCUGCUGCAGGACGAGAACGAUCUGCCCGAGGCCUUGGAGGCUGGCCAGGCGGACGAGUUUCAGUUCAAGCCGAGCAGACGCAAGAUUGUUCACAACGUAUCCAUCACACGGCGCCAGAACCCGAAUGCGCUCAGCGAAGCGGAGACCAUGACACAGCGACGCGAACGCCUCUCAUUGCCCCUGCGCAAGAACACCAGCAUCGAUGCGGACAAUCCCUCCACGCCUAACAGUCCCGCCUCACCCAUUGUGGGGCCAUCGCCAAGCAAGCAGCGCGUGGUUAGCGACAAGCUGGUGAACGAGCUGGUCCAGAGUCUGCUGCUCAAGAGCGACAGCACACACCUGCGCCAGCUGCCCAUCGAACGCCUGCAGGCGGCUGCCAAGCGCGCCCUGGUUGAGGAGAUGGACUCCGUGGAGAACAGCUCGCUGGACAGCACGCCCGCCAUAACACCCAAGCAGGACAAGGAGUAUUCCGACUACUACAACAGCUGGACGGAGGCGAGUGGCGGCGAGGAAAUCGUGCCCUCGAAGGCAUUUCGGGCGCUACAGGAUCCACGUCGCAGCCCCUGGACGGUGCGCUGUCCCCGGGUGCUCAGCUCCAAGACAAUCAAUCGGGACUUGGCACGCGUCACCGAAUCGCCCGAAAUUUUGAGUAGUCGCGGCAGCAAAAGUCCCGAAUGCUUUAGGCAACAGUCUAGGGAACGGUCCGUUAGCAGCUGGCGUAAGGUCUAGUCGGUCUAUCUAUCUAUCGGGUUAGCUGGGAAGGGGGUCAGGAACACAUACAUAUAUAGAAAUAUAUUAUAUAUAUAUGUAUAUAGACUUUAGUAUUUGCAUUUGAGUCUUGAUACUAGCGUAGGUCAAGCGACUGUCACCAGCCACUGCCUUCAUUGUUGCAUUUCUCAUCAUCUCAUCACAUCAUAUCACAUCACAUCACAUUGUACAAUAUGACAAACAAAACAAACAAAAAAUACUCAGACUAAUAACUAAAUAUCUAAUGAAAAAUAUAAUAUCUAUAAUCUGAAAUGUAUAUAAACAAAAUGAAACCAAAGAAAAAGAAAAUCGUUCAUUCGUUCGUUCGCUCGUUCGUUUGUUAUCUCAAUUAAAAGCGCAAACUCUUCGCCAAAGUCAUUUCUAAAUUCGAAUCAAAACAAAUAACAACCACAACAGCAACAACAACAGCAACAAAACAAAAGAGAAUAUUUAAUCAAAUCAAAAAUCUAUCAAAUCGCCACAAGAAUAAUCAAAAACCAAAAAACAAUUUCAUCAACUCAAUGAUUUUGUAAAACUCGUUCAAAAUCCUAAGGACCGGGACAAUCGGAUCUAUAAUUAUUUCUCACAACCAUAGAAAUCAAUUAUAGCUGACAACAGACAACAGCAAACGAUGCAAUUUAAUGCACUUGUCCCUAGCUUAAGUACCAGCAAAUACUUAGGAUCAGCGAAGUAAACAGAAUGAUGUUUAACUUGGGAACAGUUUCUUUUUAGUGAAAUUUCAUAAAACUAACUUCUAGCAUUGUAGUUGAGAUGAAAAUGUAUUUUAAAAAUAUUUUUUUUUUUUCAAUUGUUAAACGCGAUUUGGUAGCAGCACAAAAACAAAAGGAGCAAAACAAAAACAAAACAACUAACACAACUUACGAACUCUAUUAGCGAAGCGAAUCAGUACUAACCGUAGCUCUUAAGCCGAGAGAAUGAAUUAAUCCAGAGAUAACAAAACGAAACGAAAAACAACGCAAUCGACAAAUCAUCAAAAUGUAUCCGGAUAAUACGAAAGCGCAUCCUGAAAACGAUUCAUAAUAUUCAUAAUAAUAAAAUGAAAACAAAAGCAAAUAAAUAAUUUUUUCAA